UGUCGACAUGUUGCCCUAUAAAAAGCUAAGAUCCAAAUGUUCCAGCUUCAGUUGUAAACAGUUCCAGUUUGUUGUUUUCCUUGUUUUGCAUUGUGGUUAAGGACGUUUCUUUUAAGAUUCUAUGCAUCUACGUCUAUUAGUGAGAUUGUGUGCUCUUAAACAAUUUGCUUUAAAAUAAAUCCCUCAAGUUGUUUAACACAUUAGAAAAUUAAACGAAAAAAAGUGUUCUACUUUCAAAAUUCCUCAUUGGCUUAAAAUAGCCACAUAAGUGCUUACAAGUAUGGACGAUGAAUCAAAGGAAUCCCCAGAAACUCAAAAGACUGAAACCAGCAAAAAUAAUGAAGUAAGGCAGCAACAACAAGAAUCCAAAACUCAAAUUCAGAAACUGUUCUACACUUUAACUGAUAAUGAACUGGAGAAUCUUACAACAUAUGAUAAUUUCACACAAUGGUUACAUCGCCCUGUGGAUGCAGCCACUCUAGGAGUCUUUCGCAUGUUGUAUGGUUUAGCCAUGUUAAUCGAUAUGGCCGAGGAAAGAGGAGGCGGAGAUAUGGAUGUGAGAUUUGGAGAACCUUUACAUUGUCACUUCCCCUUGUUUCAUGGCAUGCAAGCUUUUAGUUUCCCCAUUAUGGGCUGCAUUUAUUUGUGCAUGUGGUUGGGAGCCAUGGGCAUAAUGUUGGGUUAUCGCUUUCGUUGCAGUUGUUUGGCCUUUCUAGUGCCCUAUUGGUAUAUAUUCCUAUUGGAGAAGCCCUCGUGGAACAAUCAUAGCUAUCUAUUUGGUUUGGUGGGCAUUUUAUUGCUGUUCACACAGGCCAAUCGAUAUUGCUCCUUGGAUAAAUUCUUGCAACCUUCUAUGCCCUCCACAGUACCAUAUUGGAAUUAUUUCCUUAUUAAAUUUCAAUUUUUCGUACUCUAUGUCUAUGCGGGUUUAAAAAAACUUACCUCUGAGUGGUUAUCCGGCUAUGCCAUGUCUUCGUUGAGCAAACACUGGGUCUUGAGUCCAUUUCGUUGGUUUCUGCGGGAGGAAUUGGUUGAUUUGUUGAUUGUUCAUUGGUUUACUGCGGUGUUCGAUUUUCACAUUGCCUUCCUAAUGACUUGCCGCAAAACUCGAACGUUCGCCACCCCAUUUAUGGUUUGUUUCCAUUUGAUGAACUCACGUUUAUUUGUUAUAGGAAUGUUUCCAUGGGUGUGUUUGGCCCAACUUCCCAUGUUUUUUGGCUUUGAUGGUCCAAGAAAAUCUUUGCAAUCCUUUUUAAGACUAUUCAACAAGAAGUUGGCUACAGAAGAUACUUGUAAGCAACCUAUGGAGGAGAAGGAUAAUAAAGCUGAAAACAUAGAACUACAUCCAAAACUAUACUGCAAAGCUUGCCAGAAACAAUUGAACAUACCAUCUUCUCACAGGAGCACAAAAACCCAAUACUUUCGUACUUUGCUGGUGCUCUUCUAUUGCGCUUUGCAGCUUUUUCUGCCCUAUUCGCAUUUCAUAACAAAAGGCUAUAACAAUUGGACCAAUGGCCUUUAUGGCUAUUCCUGGGACAUGAUGGUACAUUCCUACAACAACAUUCUGACCACCAUUAAAGUGGUGGAUAAUUCGAAUAAUAAAACACUGUAUCUAAAUCCUUAUGCCUUCACCGAGUAUGAUCGUUGGACAAAACAUGCAGAUAUGGCCCAGCAGUAUGCCCAUUGCAUAAAGCGCAACAUCGAAUAUGAGCAUCAGCGCAACCCACGACAAAGUCCUUUGAGUUCCACCAACAUUUCCAUAUACAUAGAUGUCUGGUGUUCCAUGAAUGGGCGUUUUCAGCAGAGAGUAUUUGAUCCCAGAGUUGAUAUACUCACCGCCGAAUGGUCGCCCUUCAGAAAAACCUCUUGGUCCUUGCCUCUGCUGACCGAGCUGAAUGAUAUGCGUCCCAAGCUGCGCAGCAUAGCCGAUGAUGUAUUGGCCUGGAAUAACUAUUCAGAUGUUAUGUUUGUGGCCGACUUUCCAGGCCUCACGCUCGAUCAUUUGGUAUCGCCCGAUUUGACCAAUAUCUCACUGACCAUUCUAGAGGGCAAUGUUCGUUACAAGAGUGAAAAUGAAAGUGAUUCCUAUUUUCUAACUGCCGGCAAAAGCAUAAGUCUUCCCAGCGGUGUAACGCAUCACAUCACCACUAUUGGUAUGAAGCCUUCGUGUUACUUGUACACCUAUGUCAAUAGAACAAUGCUGGAGGGCAACAUUGUUAUGGACGAAACUCCCAAAGAGGGGAAACCCAUGUUGCCUUUGUGGCAGGAGUUUGUCAAGCGCAUCGAAAACUAUCAACGUUUCCUGCAGCACAUGGGCAAUUGUGUUUUGUAUUUGUUGUAUGGGGUGCCAAUACCUAUGAAAAUUAGAGAUAAGGAUAAUUUAUAAGAGACUGUUUUUUACAAUAAAAGGCAUAUUUGUUGUCUAAAUAUGA